AUGGCGCGGGUUACUUGUGGUGGUUUGGUUGGGAGACAAGCUCAAGGGGCUUGGGGUGUACCGGGGCGGCGGUUCGCGCAUUGGGACUCUAUUCGGGAGGAUAAGAGGGAAAUGAGAGAUGAAUUGGAGAGGCUUGAGAUUAAGGAGAAGGACCAGCAGCAGGGCUCUGAGGGCGAGAAGGGGGAUCAGGAAUCGCAGUCCAAGGUUGCGAGUGCAAUGAAGAAGGGAAAACUGUUGACGACGCCGUCGAGGCUCUUCAAGCUCCUUAUCCCGUUACCUACGGCUAACCAUAAUAGUAAACACAAGGACAUUGAGCCAAUAGCUAUUCUGGUCCAUCCGCAGCAGCCUCUAUCCUAUCUUGAACGUCUUAUCCAGGACGAGAUUCCCACCGUGUCGAUCGAUAAUGCGAAGCCAAGGCCACCUGCUGUAUCCUUUAUUGCGCUUCAGGUUGAUGAUGAUCCUGUCAAGCCCAAGAAAUCGAUGUAUGAGGCGACCGAUGCUGAGGUACACCGACUGGGCGAAAUCGGGGCCGGAGUUGAAGCCAGGCAACGGCGUCGUCGACGGGACGAGGAGGAUGAUACAUACAGCUACCUCCGACGGGGCGAACCCGGCAAGGGCAACAUGGAGGAACGCUUCAUCCGCUGGUCCCAGUCCACCGAGAUUGGUGACUUCGUCCGUGAUGCCUCUCGGGCCCGGGAAUUUAUCGUCAGUAUCGAAGGGGGCUCGGCUGGUCUGCGCCAGGUCCAAGUUUCUGUUCCUUCUUUCAACCAGCGAACGCACUUUUUAAGAAUGCGAUUGCGGAAUAUCUCCGGCAGGAUCCAGAGUAUCGCGGAGAUCAAGCAUGAGUGCGACGCCUUAGCGCACAGGGGAGCUCAGCGCGUUGCUAUAGGAGGGUUCGGCAUUCUCUCCAUGUGGUGGUACCUCGUGUACAAGCUGACGUUUGAGACUGACCUGGGAUGGGAUACCAUGGAGCCGGUGACGUACCUGGCCAGUUUGUCAACUCUGAUGGGGGGCUACUUAUGGUUUCUCUACCACAACCGGGAAAUCUCCUAUAAGUCAGCGCUCGAUUUUACGAUCAAUGCCCGACAGAAGAAGCUGUACCAGACGAAGGGGGUCGACCUCCAGGAGUGGGAGUCGCUGAUCGAUGAAGGAAAUUUAUUGCGAAAGGAGAUCAAAACUAUUGCAGCAGAAUACAAUGUGGUCUGGGAUGAAAAGAAAGACGAACGAGACGAACGCGUGACCGAAGCCUUAAGAAAGGAGCGAGCUCAAAAGAACGGAUCGAGUCGAUCGAAAGAAGACGAGGAAGAUGAUUAA